GCGCGCAUGGGCAGACAAACUGUACGUCCGUUUGUCCGAGCGCGAGGGGAGAGUGGGCGCCAUCUUCCUCGCCGCCGGCUGGCUGAGGGCUUUUCCCGUUCCGUGGAGACGGCUGCGACUUGGAGCGCGUCAGCCCCGGCCCGGGGUGACGAACUGGGCCGCAGCGCUUCCCGGAGGUGGUGUGCGCGCGCGCUUCCCGGGGAGCGUGACAGUGAAGAUCUGGAAGGCUCGCCUAGUUAAGUUGCUUUUACAGAAUUAACAGGUCUCCAAGAAAUAAAAAGAAAAGGUCAUUAUUGCUGUGGUUUGAGCUCAGCAUGGCUGUAGUCAUCCGUUUACUGGGGCUUCCUUUUAUUGCGGGGCCUGUGGAUAUUCGUCACUUCUUCAAGGGAUUGACUAUUCCUGAUGGAGGAGUGCAUAUAAUUGGAGGGGAAAUUGGGGAGGCUUUUAUUAUAUUUGCAACAGAUGAAGAUGCAAGACGUGCUGUAAGUCGUUCAGGAGGGUUUAUCAAAGAUUCAUCUGUAGAGCUUUUUCUUAGUAGCAAAGCAGAAAUGCAGAAGACUAUAGAAAUGAAAAGAACUAAUCGUAUAGGAAGAGGGCGACGAGGAUCUGGGGUAUCAGGGGUUGGAAAACGGUCUAAUUUUAUUGAGGCAAUGAAGAAAGAUGAAAGUAAUUGUAGGUAUGGCUCUUCAGUUAAUCAAGAUGCUGGAUUUCAUACUAAUGGUACAGGAUUUGAUGAUUUAAGGCCAAGAAAGACAAGGCCAUCAAAGGCUGAGAAUCCUUAUUUGUUUCUACGAGGUUUGCCUUACUUAGUUAAUGAAGAUGACGUACGUGUCUUUUUCUCUGGUCUGUGUGUGGAUGGAGUCAUUUUCUUAAAACAUCAUGAUGGCCGAAAUAAUGGUGAUGCCAUAGUAAAAUUUGCUUCAUGUAUUGAUGCAUCAGGAGGCCUUAAAUGCCAUAGAAGUUUUAUGGGUUCAAGAUUUAUAGAAGUAAUGCAGGGUUCGGAACAACAGUGGAUUGAGUUUGGUGGUAAGGAAAUUAAGGAAGGUGUUCCUGUACGAUCUGAAGAACAUCCUCUCAGAGGAAUUAAUAAUAGACAUUUCCGAAAACGGUCUCAUUCUAAAUCUCCCAGAAGAACGCGCUCUCGCUCCCCUGUUGGAUUUUAUGUUCACUUAAAAAAUUUGUCCCUAAGUAUUGAUGAAAGAGAUUUGAGAAAUUUCUUUAGAGAGACUGAUCUGACCGAUGAACAAAUUAGGUUUUUAUACAAGGAUGAAAGAAGGUCACGAUAUGCCUUUGUGAUGUUUAAGACUGAGAAAGACUAUAAUACAGCAUUAAGUUUACAUAAAACUGUUUUACAAUAUCGUCCAGUUCUUAUUGACCCAGUUUCUAGAAAACAAAUGCUGAAGUUCAUUGAAUAUUAUGAAAAGAAGAGACGAGGAUCAAUAGAGAAAGAGAGAACUGGACAUGCUUCACAAAAAUACUUAGAAGAGGACUACACUGGCCAGAAACUCUGUAUAUAUAUAAGAAAUUUUCCAUUUGAUGUUACAAAAGUGGAGGUGCAAAAGUUUUUUGCAGGCUUUGCCCUUGCUGAGGAUGACAUUUACUUGCUUUAUGAUGACAAAGGAGUUGGUCUGGGAGAAGCGUUGGUGAAAUUUAAAUCAGAAGAACAGGCUAUGAAAGCUGAACGUUUAAAUCGCCGAAGAUUCUUAGGGACAGAGGUAUUACUAAGACUUAUAACGGAGGCACAAAUGCAGGAGUUUGGUAUAAAUUGUUCUUUCAUGUCCAGUGGCAAAAUGCAAGCCUGUUCCCAGUCGCGUGAUAGAGAUGACCGGUGCCAUUUAUUUGGUUCAAAAGACUCACCAGUAUACUCAUAUGACCCUUCUGAAGACCGGAGAUACCAGGUAGAGGAGUUAAGGCAUCCAGGUAACCUCAAGCAUCCCCAGGGACAUUUCCGACAGCCCAAUAGGCACCCUCCGGAAAACUUCAGGCACUCUCCAGAGGACUUCAGGCUCUCCCCAGAGGAUAAUAGACACACUCGGGAGGAACACUUCCGGCGGCCUCCUGCAGAAAACUUCCGGCGCCUACAAGAGGACUUUAGGCACCCACAAGAGGAAAACUGGAGACGGGAGGAAAACUGGAGACGGCCUUUUGAGGAGGACUGGAGGGGGCCACCAGAGGAGGAUUUCAGACAGCCCCCUGAAGAGGACUUAAGGCGACCCCUAGAGGAGGGUUUCAGGCGUCCUUGGGAGGAGGAGGACUUGAGGUGCCAUAGGGAGGAGGACUUCAGGAGACCCUUUGAGGAAGAUUUCAGACAUUCUUCUGAGGAGGACUUCAGGCGGUCACCCCCGGAACACUUCAGACGACCACCCCAGGAGCAUUUUAGGAGGCCGCCCCCAGAACACUUCAAGCGGCUGCCACCGGAGCACUUCAGGAGACCGCCCCAGGAGCACUUCAGGAGGCCACCCCCGGAACACUUUAGGCGGCCACCCCAGGAACAUUUCAGGCGUUCCCAAGAGGAAGAUUUCAGGCAUAUGCCAGAUGAAGACUUCAGAGGCCCUCCUAAUGAGGACUUUAGGCCCCCUCCUGAUGAAGACUUCAGGAGCCCCCAGGAAGAUGAUCUGAGAUGCCCUUCUGACGAAGACUUCAGGCAGCUUCCUGCGGAGGACCUCAGGGACGUUCCAGAGGAGGAUCCCAGACUUCCUGAUAAUUUUAGACCUCCUGGAGAGGAUUUUAGGAGUGCAUCUGCGGAUUUUAGAAGCCAUCGUCCUUUAGUGAAUUUUGGUCGCCCAGAAGGUGGCAAACUUGAUUUUGGAAAGCGUAAUAUGGGAGGUUAUCCUGAAGGGAGAUUUAUGCCUGAGCCCAAAUUAAAUUGUGGUUCUGGUAGAGUAACUCCUGUUAAAAUAGUGAAUCUUCCAUUUAAAGCUAAUGUUAAUGAAAUCUUAGACUUUUUCCAUGGUUAUAGAAUCAUACCUGAUUCAAUUUCAAUACAGUAUAAUGAGCAAGGAUUGCCUACAGGAGAAGCCAUUGUUGCUUUGAUAAACUAUAAUGAAGCUAUGGCUGCUAUUAAAGAUCUAAAUGAUAGGCCAGUGGGGCCCCGCAAAGUUAAGCUACUUUUGCUUUAGAGUGCAUUUCUAAAUUGUUUCCUUCCCACAGUAUUGAUGCAGUAAAUAUGAAGAUUUGAAAUAGUGUUUUAAAAAUAUCUAGUGAAACAUUUUAAUUCUGACCUGUGAAUAUAAAAAAUGUAAAUAGAAUGUGAAUCUGGUUUUGUUUUACUUGCACAUUGCUGCUUUUUCCCCCUAACUUAUAAUUCCAUAUGCCUUAUUUUCUCUAAUUGAUGAGGUUUCCCAAGGGUAUGUCUUCCCCCCUCCCAAUGUUAUGGAUACAGUUGUAUAGAGUUGUAAUAGAAGAGGAAAAAUUUUAUAUUCACUUUUAUUCUGUAGUCAAUCUGUAGCCAAGGAAAUAGUGAGUGACUGUUCAGGUUUGGCAUUUUAUUACCUGUCUGCAGAAUUAAUAACCUCUUGUCUGAGAUUCUACCAUACUAAGGUCUCCUAUUAUAAAUAAUUCAAAAUGAACAGACUGUGAACUUGAAAUUUACUUAUGUAAAAAGCUUAGGAGAUUCUUAAAAGUUUGUGUUCAUAACCUUGCAGUUUUUUAAAAAAUAAAAUUGCAACUGAAAUAGA